AUGGCAGCGGCCGCGGCGGAGGGCGCGGCGGCACCGGUGGCGGCGGCUAUGCGGGCGGUGCUGGCGCGGGCGGGGCGCGCGGCGGAGCGGUCCGGGCGGGCGGCGGAGGCGGUGCGGGUGGUGGCGAUCGGGAAGACCAAGCCGGUGUCGCUGCUGCGGCAGCUCUACGACGCCGGCCACCGCUGCUUCGGCGAGAACUACGUCCAGGAGUUCGUCACCAAGGCGCCGCAGCUUCCGGAAGACAUCCGGUGGCAUUUCGUCGGGCACUUGCAGAGCAACAAGGUGAAAUCGCUAGUAGCUGCUGUUCCAAAUCUUGACAUGGUUGAGGGUGUAGGUAAUGAAAAGAUUGCUAAUCAUCUGGAUCGUGCUGUUGUUAGCUUGGGGAGGGAGCCUUUGAAAGUUAUGGUGCAAGUAAACACCAGUGGAGAAGAAUCAAAAUCUGGUAUCGAUCCUUCUAAAUGUGUGGAGCUUGCUAAGCAUGUGAAACUAGCUUGCCCAAACUUAAUACUGUCAGGACUCAUGACAAUAGGGAUGAAAGAUUACUCCUCAACACCGGAAAAUUUUAAGGCAUUGGCAAAUUGUAAGCUUGAAGUUUGCAAGGCCCUUGGGAUACCGACAGAACGGUUUGAACUCUCCAUGGGAAUGUCCGGUGACUUUGAGCAAGCGAUAGAGCUGGGCAGCACAAAUGUGAGGGUUGGGUCAACAAUAUUCGGACCAAGAGAGUAUCCAAACCAAAAGCAGAAUUGA